CCCCGAUAUCGCGAAUCACAUCCAACGUUCCUUUUAUAUCACGUCUGACAUCAUGCUUGUCAGACAUGCUGACCUGUUUAACGUUCAUAGUUUCGUCCUGUCAAUUCGUCUUAGUGUUACUUGCCGUCUUCCCGGCGAGUUUCCAGUAUUGGGCCACUUGUCAAGGAGUAUAAAGCCUGACUGACUGAGAGGAAAUCAUGCACACUUCAAAAAAUGACGGACCAGAAUGAAGUCAAGGUUGAAGCCCUUCUAAGCAUCAUCAACUCCUCCGCCCACGAUGCGAUAGCGGAAUACAAGAACACUGGACAUGGUGUUCCUGGUGUCGACGCAGGAACCCUCCACCCCCUCGACUUCGCAACAGAUACACUUGCCCUCAGAAAGGCAAUCAGGCUGCUCGAGGGUGCAUGCGAGCAAUUGAACACAAUACUGGCUCCUCCCCAACACACAACAUACAAUUUUAUUAACAAUUACAACUGGGCGUGCAUAGACGUCGCUGUGCAAUCACGUAUUGCAGACGUCUUGGACAAACACCCAGAAGGUCUUAGUGUGGAUGCGUUGGCUGACGCAGUCAAUCUCGAUAAGACCAAGAUCGCACGCGUCUUGCGAGUUCUGGCCCUCAGGGGUUGCUUCAAAGAAGUUAAACGAGAUGUAUUCGCAAACACGCGACUCUCCCUCGUGCUCAGGUCAACAAGCAACGUUGGGUCUUGUAUACGAACUCAGCGAGACUUCCCUAAAUAUGCUGCGGUUCUGUAUGAGACUAUGGUCGACCAAGAGUUUGCAAAAUCGCACGAGGUUGAAAAGGCCCCUCGAACAUUCGCUCUCAAGAAGGAAGGCAAAAACAAUGGCUACUGGGAAAUGAACGAUGAGGAACACGACAUAUUCCACAAAAGUAUGAUGGGCUAUUCUGAGGUUCAGAACUCGUCUGCGGUACUGCAUCAUUACCCUUGGGACAAUGUAUCCUCUGUCGUGGAUGUUGGAUCUGGAAUUGGAGCAAUGUCUAUUCCUCUGGCGAAAAUGUUCCCUCAUCUCAGAAUAACCGACCAGGAUCUCCCAGAAACUUUGAAGUUGUCGAGAAGUACAUGGGAGAAGAAGGCUCCUGAGGCGCUGCUCAGCGGGCACGUAGAGUUCGUGCCAUUGAAUUUCUUGGAGGAGUCCCCUGUUGCUGGAAAGGAUGUUUACUAUUUGAGGAAUGUUAUUCAUGGCUGGUCGGACGAUGAGUCAAGGGUGAUUCUCACCAACAUUCGCAAAGUAAUGGGACCAAACAGCCGAGUGUUGAUUCAUGACUGUGUGCUCUUGCGCCCAUUCCAAGAGCCUGUCGUAGAGGCCAACGAGUUUAGUAAGGGUUGUUGAACUUCGGUAGCCACACAUCACACCAACUUGACAUGGUCAUGUGGCUCAUUGCCAAUGGCAAGGAGCGAACCUUGAAUGAAUUCAAGACCAUUGGGGCCGGCGUUGGUUUAGUCCUCACCCAAACCUAUGAUUUUGUAGGGAUGAUGCUCUUGGAAUUCAAAAUCGCUCAGGACUGAUGCCGAACGAACACAGAGUCGGAACACCAUAUGCAAUCUUCUGUUAUUGUACUUUUACCCUUCCCGAUUGAUUGUCCCAUGAUUUAACCAAGAUGUCAACCACAAAGUAACCUUAAU